ACGAAGUUUGCGAAAUUUCGGGCGUUUCUGAACCAACAUCAAAGAACACUAUGAUAUAAUUAGCGGAAAAGAGAGAAACCAAAUGACAAAGAAUGAGUGAAACAUACGAUAAAAAGAUGUGGAAGGGAGAUGAUUCAAGCUCGGUGAAUAAAAAGGUUCCAGGAAGAGGCGGAGGGUUUUCUGAUGCACUAUCUAUAGCCGCUGAUCUUGGCUUCUCUGUUUCCCCUGCCCCUUCCAAGGAAGAGGCCCAAAACUUGUACAAUGAUCUUGAAAAGGGUGAUGACUUGAUCAGGGUUUUGACAGAACUAACCAUUGUUCAAAGGAAAAUAGCAGAGUUGAAAGUGGAACUUCAAGGUCGACAGGAUGAUAAGAAUGUUGCACAUCUGACACAUGCAAGAGAAAUGGAGAAAAAGAUUGAGAGCUUGAGAAGGAGCACCUCCAUACUGAAGGAUGUUAUCCAGAAUAAGGGCCGCAUCAUAACUCGUCUUCAACAACCAUAUGCGUUGGAUUACAUUUCGGUGGAAGCAGAAUUUCAGAAACAAUUUUUCGAACUAAUGAAGAAAGCUGCAAGCGAUUAUGAUAGUUUGACAGCAUGUGUAGCUGAUAUCCAGUGGACACAGAACUUCAAAGAACCACCCUCUGUGUGGGGGGAGAUGCUUCAUCCAAUUCCAGUUGCUUUGGCAUCAUGCACCAGAUACUUUGAAGCCUUAUCAUCAACGAGAGAAUCAUUUGCAUAUCUUCAAAAACUAAGAGUUGGCCAUUCUGAUCCGUCGCUGCUCCCAUCGCCUACCAGUUCCUCUCAAAUAGAACCAGUGGAUUCUGAUUUUGUACCUUUUCCAUGGAGAAACGAAUCAAUCUUUGAGGACUUAUCACCAGGGAAGCUCCAAACGCAUGAUAGUGAACAUUAUGAAGCAGAUGAUAACAGUGAUACCAGCAGCUCUUAUCAACUUGACAUCCGCAGACUCUCAUGGCCUGCUUCUGUUAAAAGCAAUGAUUGGUAAACUAAACUUGUGUUGUAUUUCACAGUUUUUUACAAAUAUGAAAACAAUAGAUUGUAUUCCGCUGUUUUAUCUUAUGUAAACAUUUAUUCUGUGGAAUACGUAUAAUCUGGAUCCUCCUACCUUUGUAGUACCAAUUACCAAUCCAGCAAUUACAAGCC